AUGUUAGAAAUAGAUCAUGAUAUAAAAAUAUUUGAAAACGAUACGGAGUCGAAUGAAAAUAUUAACAAUACCGAUUCGAUGAAAAUGAAAAAUGAAGAAAAUAUUCGUAAUCCGAUUCAAAAUUACCUCAAAUCGAAUUUAGACGUAUUCAAUCCUCAAAAAAUCGAAUUGUUUUUAUACAUGGAGGGUGAUAAUAUAUCGAACGUUUGUUAUGAAAAAUUAAAUCGAUAUUUAAUUGGAUUGAGGGAAGGCGAAUCGUGGGCGAUAAAAAAACCUGAUGGAAUUCUUUGA